GAAAAGGACCAGUUUGGAUUAGAAAUGUGAUGUGUACUGGAGUAGAGUCUGCACUGAAAGACUGUAGAUCACAUGACUGGGCAAAACAUAAGGCUAAUCAUGCCGAGGAUGCUGGGGUCAUCUGCUCUGGAAUCAGGCUGGUUGGACGUCCCGCUGCUCUGGGAGGUUAGAGAUACUUCGUGAUCGGAAGUGGAUGUCAGUGUGUGAGUCUGUCUUUGACCAGCAGGAUGCAGAGGUUGUGUGUAGAGAGCUGGACUGUGGGGCUCCUGUACAGGUGCUGAGAGAAGCUGCUUUUGACAAAGGAGACACUCAGAUGUGGACACAAGAGAUUCAGUGCAGAGGAGAUGAAUCUUAUAUAUCUGUCUGUCCAACAUCAUCUCUUAAACACAAUUGUACCCAUGAGAAUACUAUAAGACUGUCAUGUUCUGGUUACUCAGAUCUCAAACUGUUGGAUGGUCCUGAUAUCUGUUCUGGUCGAGUUGAACGUCAAUACUUUGAUAAACCGGGCACAGUGUGUGAUGCAUGCUGGGAUAUGAGAGCUGCCAGUGUCCUCUGUAGACAGCUGAAUUGUGGGAUUGCUGUGUCUGUUGUGGGAUCAGACUGGUUUGGAGAGGGAAGUGGUGAAAUCUGGGCUGAUGUGUUUGAUUGUGACGGGAAUGAAACAAAACUCUCAGAAUGUUUCAUCUCUUCAUGGAGUCGAGCUGAACGUUCUCAUAGAAGAGAUGUUGGAGUCAUCUGCUCUGAUUCCUCUCUGUCUCUUCAUGACGGUCUGGUGCGGUUGUCUGGAGAGAGACAGUGUGAGGGGGAGCUGGAGGUUUUCAUCCAUCAGGUCUGGAGGAGAGUUCUGCUGGACUCCUGGAGUCUCACUGAAUCCUCUGUGGUCUGCAGACAGCUGGGCUGUGGCUCUGCGCUCAACUUCUCCGGCUCCUCUUCAUCCAGUCCUGAACACAGUCAUGAGUGUGUGACGGGCUUCCAGUGCUCUGGGAGUGAAGCUCAUCUGGGGAACUGCAGCUCUCCACAAACUCUCAACUGCAGCUCCACACAACAGCUGUCCAUCACCUGCCUUGGUCGCGGGUCCAUCAGGCUGGUGGGUUCUGGGGGAGACUGUGCAGGGAGGCUGGAGGUUUUUCACGGCGGCUCAUGGGGGACAGUGUGUGAUGACUCCUGGGAUAUUAAAGAUGCCCAUGUGGUGUGCAGACAGCUGCAGUGUGGAGUGGCCCUCAGUAACCAGCAGGUACCAGCCUGGUUUGGUCCUGGUUCUGGACACAUAUGGCUGGAUGAGGUGGAGUGUGAGGGGAAUGAGACGUCCCUGUGGAGCUGCUCUUCUCCAGGCUGGGGACAACAUGACUGUAAUCACAAGGAGGAUGUAGGAGUCGUGUGCUCAGAGUUUAAAGAGAUCAGGUUAACUGAAGGCUGUGAAGGGAAUGUGGAGGUUUUCUACAAUGGAUCCUGGGGUAAUGUGUGCUGGAACCAGAUGGACAGAGACACAGCGAGUCUGAUCUGUCAAGAACUGAACUGUGGAAGAUCUGGUGUUUUGUCUGAUUCUACAUCAAGAGUAAAAUCAGCUCCUAACUGGAUGGAUGAAGUAACUUGUCGUAAACAUGAUUCAAAUCUGUGGCAGUGUCCAUCUUUACCCUGGGGACAGAACUACUGUGGUGAAGAUGAAGUGGCUAAAAUCACCUGCUCAGAGGAACCUCAUGAGUCUCUUCAUGAUUUGCAUUAUCUGACAUGUUUUACCUCACCAUCUUCUUACCAGAGGCAAUGCACUAAUCAUGUUCCUCUCAGACUGAGUGGAGGUAAGGGCCGGUGCUCUGGGAGGCUGGAGGUGUAUCAUAACGCUGUGUGGGGCUCAGUCUGUGAUGAUCAGUGGGACAUCAGAGAUGCUCAGGUGGUCUGCAGACAGCUGGGUUGUGGAGCAGCACUGAGGGCUGAUGGGAAUUCAGUCUUUGGUGCUGGUGAAGGUGUUGUGUGGAUGAACAGAGUCGAGUGCAGAGGGAAUGAGAUUCACCUGUGGGACUGUCCUCUCUCCCUGAAAAACCACACUGACUGCUCCCACAAAGAGCACGCUGGACUCACCUGUGCAGAUGUUUCAGAUGUGUCAGUGUCCUCUACUCCUGACACAACAACAUCAGUUUCUCCUCCAGUGCGCUCAACAUCAGUCUCUCUUUCACAAACUCCUCCAGCAGAGUCUCUCUCCGUCUCCCCAGAGCUUGUGAUUGUUCUGGGAGUUGUGCUCUUACUGCUCUUAGUGCCACUGCUUAUACUGAUUCAGCAGAACAGAGUGAUGAGGAGAGCUCUCUCUAAGAGGAGACACAGGACGACGACUGAGGCCGUUUAUGAGGAGAUUCAGCACAGACACAAUCACUUCACUCAGAGAGGAAGUCUAAUCUCUGAGGAACUGCAUUCUGGGUAUGAAGAUGCUGAUGAGUUUUUCUCAGAAGAGAUGGUGAAGGAACUCACACCGGGAUACUAUAAUGAUGUUAUCACUGAUGGACUCAAUCCAGAUUGUGAGAAAGACCGCAGACCUGAGAGCUAUGAUGACGUCAUGAGUGGACAGAACUCUGAUAUUAAAAAAGUGGACCAACCAGAGCAUUACGAUGACAUCAUUAUUAUUGGACAGAACGUUCGAGGUGUAACGAAAGGAGAUCAGGAGGAGUAUGAUGAUGUGAAGAACAGCAAUGAAGACGUGAGAAACCUGUGGGACUAUGAUGAUGUGGGGGAGCGAUCAACUAAAGAGGGAGGGGCCAUAUAACUGACCACACCUACAGAAUCCAUGAAAUCAUAUUACAGUAACUGGAGCUACUGGGAGUUUUUUUUUUAUAUCGCUAAUGCAUCAGUACCUUAAGUUACGUUAUUUCAAAUAUUUUACUUUGAAAGAUUAAAUGCUUAGCAAAUUCGGUAUCAACACGCUUUAAUAUUUGUAUUAUGUCUAUUUUGAUAUCAAUGCUUUUCGCCUAAUAAACAAAAGA